UUACUCGACUGGACGCGUUUACUUCUUCGCUCACCAUCAUAGCCCAAGGUGCCCGCCAAUAUUCUCCUACUAUUCUAGCACGAGGACAAGAUACAACUUGCUUUGCUUCUCUCACUGAGUCACAAUAGGACCUAACGACAGGUUCAGAGAAUGUCGGCCGAGUACGAGGAUGUCCUCACUAAUCAACCUGUCGUGAUCGACAAUGGUUCUGGGACUAUCAAAGCAGGCUUUGCAGGACAAGAUCAUCCGAAAUGUUUCUUCCCGUCUUUCGUUGGCCGACCAAAACAUAUACGGGUCAUGGCUGGUGCUUUAGAAGGUGAUGUCUUUAUUGGCCGGAAAGCACAAGAAUUCCGAGGCUUGCUUAAAAUCAAGUAUCCUAUGGAACAUGGCAUCGUGACGGACUGGGACGAUAUGGAACGAAUAUGGAAUUGGGUGUAUGCUGAGGAACUGGGAACGCUGAGCGAAGAGCAUCCCGUACUACUUACAGAAGCGCCUCUAAAUCCUCGACAAAACCGGGAGAUUGCUGCUCAAAUAUUCUUCGAUACAUUCAACGUUCCAGCUCUUUUCAUUUCAGUACAAGCUGUACUUUCAUUAUACUCUACAGGUCGAACAACUGGUAUUGUCCUCGAUUCAGGCGACGGUGUAACACAUGCUGUACCAGUAUUCGAGGGCUUCUCAAUGCCACACGCAAUCCGACGGGUGGACAUCGCAGGACGAGACGUGACUGACCACCUUCAGCUACUCUUGCGGAAGGCCGGUCACCACCUGCAUACCACGGCCGAAAGGGAGGUUGUCAGGACGAUCAAGGAGAAAUGCUGCUAUGUUGCCCUAAAUCCAGCAAAGGAAGAGAAAGAGGCGCAGGGUCGGGGGGAAGAAUUCCGCCUCCCGGAUGGCAAUACUGUUCAGCUUGGGCCAGAGCGGUUCCGCGCGCCCGAGAUUCUAUUCAACCCGGAGCUUAUAGGUCAGGAAUACGCAGGAGUACAUCAAGUUGUGGUAGACGCUAUCAACCGGGUAGACUUGGAUCUCCGGAAGAGUCUCUUCUCUAACAUCGUGCUCAGCGGAGGUAGCACGCUUUGCAAGGGAUUCGGGGAUCGAUUACUCAAUGAAGUGAAGAAGCUUGCAUUGAAGGAUGUCAAAAUCAAGAUCUUCGCACCACCAGAACGGAAGUACUCUACUUGGAUAGGUGGUUCAAUUUUGGCCGGCCUGAAUACCUUCAGGAAGGUCAGUAUCUUUUCUUCAUUGUAUCUGAAGCGUUCGUUAUUGACGUAUUGCCGUGCGAAGAUGUGGGUUUCCGCUGAGGAGUACCAGGAGGACCCGGAUAUAAUCCACAAGAAAUUGGGUUUCUGAUAAGUGGAUUUACUUUCUUUUCAUUCCUUUGUUGUCGCACAUAUCCUAUGGUUGCAAUAUGAUACCCUCAAUGUAGAGUCAUGGCGUAAUGAAGCUUAACACCUCAUUUUGAUCACACAUUAAACUUGAUGUUUUCCGCAUGCGCAUAAGAUUCAUGAUAAGUGGGAAUGAGAAGAAGCAUACGCA